AUGAACCUCUUCCACAUCAUCUCUUUGAAGUAUGGGCGCCCUGCCCUAAGGCUCGUCCGAAGACACGAACGCUGCUCGAAGAAACUCGCGAGAUUUACCAACCACCUCACCUUCCUAACCCGUUGCAUCAAGAACACCGUUAUCCCGAAAGAUCUUAGAGUUCGCCCGCUAGUACCCACCAAGUCAGCACGCAUCAUCGCCGAGAGGACCUCCCGCCUUUUCCUUCGUGAAAGAAUCCGCCUCACCCGCAUGACUCUUAAGUCUAUCCGCGCCGAGAUUGAGUCCAUUACUACCCUUGUCCGUUCCGCGCUCGCCGAAGAGCACUACAACAGUGCUCUCGAGAUCUACCGCUACGAAUUUGAGAAGUGCAAGUCCCGACAACAGGAUAAGUAUCGCAAGAUUAGUUCAGAGGGUAAGGAUAGUUCCGUAUGUGCCGAUACUAGCUCUCGGGUCGUCAAUUUGUCUAGACGCAAAUUGACUUCUGAUGAGAGUGCGCUGCUCGCCAAGGGACUUAACUUUUCAGUAGCCCCGAAGCGUGUUCCCGCUACCGAGAUUGUUGCGAAGGUGGAAUCCUCCAUUCGUUCACUUGAUGCCGAGACCAUCGGCUCCGUAAGAAGAGAGAUAAAUGCUAUCCUCUCCUCCGCCGAUCCGCCUAAACCUAACAUUACUCCCGGCAUGCGCAAAGCCUUGAAAUCGCUCAAGGAAGACGAGUCUAUUAUGAUUUUGCCAGCAGACAAAGGCCGCGCCAGUGUUAUUCUGGACACCGAUGUCUACCGCGCCAAGAUGUCCGAGUUAAUUGAAUCCGGCCCCUAUCGCGCUAUCGGGAAGGACCCGACCGAUCGCCUCUCCCGCAAGCUUACCACUAUUCUUCGCGGCUUUCACAAGAAUGGUGACAUCGAUGAUUCUACCUACCGUAAGCUUAAACCGUCGCAGAAGCAACCGCCCAGGAUCUAUGGACUACCUAAAAUCCAUAAAGCUGACAUUCCGCUCCGUCCGAUUGUAUCAUGCGUGAGUUCGUUUGCUUACAACACGUCUAAGUAUCUCGCUGAUAUUCUUGCUCCCUUAGUCGGGUCUAAAGGACAUGCUGUCCAUAACUCUGCAUCGUUUGUUGAUUUCCUGCGCAGCGAAACCAUACGGGAACACGAGGUCAUGGUUUCAUUUGAUGUGGUGUCAUUGUUUACCAAUGUACCCAUCGACGCCGCAUGCAAGGUCGCACUUAGCAGACUCGAACGCGAUGAGAGUCUACCCGAGCGCACACAGUUAUCUCCGGCCCAGGUAACUGAGCUUUUGAGUUUUGUUUUACAAUCUACGUAUUUUAUGUUUGCCGGCAACUUCUACGAACAGCAAGAAGGAGCAGCCAUGGGCAGCCCUGUUUCCGCAGUAAUCGCUAACUUGUUCAUGGAAGCUUUUGAGGAACGCGCACUGAGUAUUUGCCCGCCCGACUGCGCCCCUAGAGUUUGGAAACGAUACGUAGAUGACACGUUUAUUAUCACGCAUAGAUCCGCCGCCGAUGACCUUUUGAGCCACAUGAAUUCACAGCAGCCAUCCAUCCGUUUCACCAUGGAGAUGGAGUGCAACGAGCGCAUUGCCUUUCUAGACACUAUGGUGCACCGUGACACCAGCGGCCGAUUGUACACCACCGUAUAUAGGAAGCCCACGCACACCGAUCAGUACAUUGCUUAUGAUUCGCAUCACCCGAAGUCUGUUAAGCGCGGGGUAGUGAAGUGUCUUUAUGACAGAGCUUCACGCAUCGUUACUAAGCCCCAUUGCACAGCUACAGAGAAGCAACACAUCACCUCGGCUCUUAUUUCUAACGGUUACCCGCGCUCCUUCGUUAACCGCGUUGCUAAGAAGAAGAGCGCUCCGUCCGAACAGCCUGCGCAAUUUAAAUCCGCUAUAGUAAUCCCAUUUGUUGAUGGUAUCGCGCAUCUUCUCCGCCGGCGCUUGGAGAAGCAUGGCAUCCGAGUUAUAUUCAAGUCCGACAGCAUCCGCAGCCAGCUGGUCCGUCCGAAAGACCGCCCGAUCUCCGACAGACGCGAUGGGGUUGUUUAUAAGAUCCCAUGCUCGACUUGCGACAAAGUCUACAUCGGUGAGACUGGUAGACCUGUGGGGGAACGCAUGAAGGAACAUCGCCGUGAUGUUCGGCUUAGGCGCACUGAUAGCUCUGCUGUUGCAGAACAUGCUUGGGACUCCGAUCAUCCACCUAACUGGGAUGAGGUCAGCUGCGUUGCUCAUGAUAAGCAUUGGUAUACGCGGCGCGUUAAGGAAGCGAUUCAGAUCCGUUUGCACCCGAGCAAUAUCAAUAGGGACAGCGGCAUUGAGAUCCCUGAUGCAUGGUUACCGGCCAUCCGACGGCAUACUGCAUCCACCGUUCACAGCGCACGGCGCCCGCACCAGCGGGUGCCUGACACUGAUUGGCCGGCCGCAUCGGCCAAUCACAGCGCGCGGUGCACGCUCCAGCGGACACCAAGCACCAGCGCGGACCCUGAUUGGCCAGCGGCUUCGGCCAAUCACAGCGCGGCUCACGCCCGAGUGGAGCCAGACAAUAGCUCCCGACGCUAUAUAACCCGUGCGCAGCAGCGUCUUUGCUCAUUGCCUGACGAAGUCUAG